CAUGGUGAUCUGGGAGGAGCUCCCGCGGGAUCUCGUGAGUAGCGUCGUUUCGUGGCUGCCAAUCACCGACAUUCUUCGAUCGCGCACCAUCUCCAAGCAGUUCCAUGCGUGGAUCAGCAGCAUCAGCUUCCUGGACGAGAUCGCAAGAGUCCCAACGCGAAGUUCCUGGCUGGUUCUCUUCCCCAGCUCCACACCAUCCAUCGCCAGUGCCUACGAUCCAUCGCUGGACUCCUGGCUCUCGCUUCCGGUCCCGCUGCAAAUCCAGCCACUGGCUUCUUCCAGAGGAUUGAUCUGUGGAGCUCCAAAACCCCAUCUUGGGAGCGGCAGUAGCAGGAGCAGCAAAGAACUCCAUGUUUGCAAUCUCGUGACGAGAUCAUGGGUGAGAGUUCCUCAGCCUCGGGAGAUGUCGCGAUUCUUCUUCCUCGUCGUCGGGAUGGUUUCCACCGGCAGGAGCGGAUUCACGAUCGUCGUCGCCGGAUCCGACCUCGUCUCCCACCAUGCCUCCGCCAACUUCAAGCUCUCCGCCUGGGUGUUUGAGUCGCGCAGCUGGAAGUGGACGAAAGGUGGCACUGUUUUGAUCGACGCGGCCAUCUCGACGAGCAAGGCGAUGAGCGGCAGCACGCUGUUCGUCGUGUCUGGAAACCGCGAGCUCGCAGCAUACGAUCUUGGUCGAGGAAGCUGGCGGCGUGUGGAUCUUCCAGCAAAGGAGCUCACGUCAGUGAAGCUGGUUGAUCGUCUGGGAAGGCUGGUGCUCGUUGCUCGCACUAACCAGGACGAGAUCUCCAUCUGGGAACUCCACCAAGAACAGCACAGAAGCCGAGAGAAAUCUCUUCCAAGCGAUGAUCCAAGCUUCUGGAUAGAACUGGACAGAAUGCCUCGGUGCUUGAGCGACGAGCUUCUCCUCAAAUCACCGUCGCGAAGAUUUGCGUGCGUUGGAAGCGGCGAUGUGGCUUACUUCUCCGGCACCAAGUGCGCAUCGAUCCUCGCCUACACAUUCUCGACCAGGAGCUGGCGAUGGACGAGCUGCUGCUCCAGCAAUCCCCAUUACGACAUGCUCCGGGGCAUCUGCCUCGAGCCCCGGCUGGAAAUCAGCCCCGGAUCAUCCAAGAAGUAGUGAGAAAACCCUGUAAGAUUGUUCUUCCACUCC